AUGUCUGAUCUUCCGUACGGACCGCCAGUUAGAGUUUCGCCUUUAAUCCGGUUUGGCCGUUGGUCGUUCCUCACAGCGGGCAUCCUGUAUGGAGCCUUCCACCAGAACAGGCUCUCCAAGAAGGAGGCCAAGAUCCGUGAAAUCGAGGCCAAGGAGAAGGUCAUCAGGGAUGCGAAAUUGAAGGAAGAGAAGGCAAUUGCUGCAGCUGCCGAGAUGAAAGCGCUGGAAGAAAUGAUAUCCACGAAGAAG